CCAUUUGCAACAGUCUCUGACGCAUGGCGACGGGAUAGCAUUGUACGGCUGUACUGACCCUAUCUUCAUUUUCCAUCAUUAAUGCAUUAUUAUUUUUCUGAUUGAUCACCUAAAGCCGUCAAGAUUACGGCCGUAAGAGAAGAAGCAAACGGUCGUGAAGCUUCUGUGCAGGGAGGCUUGACUGUCUUCUACACAGAAAGCCCAGAGGGCUUCUGCCGUUCCAAGAAAAAAUUUAACUUCAACGCAGAGCCACCCUGGGAUCCCAGCUAGUAUUUGCUAAAAGCAGGUGUUCCCUCUGGCCAGAUUGUUUGUAUACCCUCGAACUCAGACUAUCUUUGCGGACUUUUGAGCUAGAAAAUGAAACAUUACAUUGGAAACGGUUGUGCUGUGGAGUCGCUGUCCUAUGAGAAGACUAAGGCUUGCUUGGUCGCAGAGAAGGCUGCACUUCUAAAGAACGAGCAGAGUGAAGAUGCCUUCUUCAUUGCUGAUCUCGGUGACAUUGUUGCCAAGUAUAAGAAAUGGAGGAGGCUCCUGCCAAGGGUGGAGCCUUUUUAUGCUGUCAAGUGCAAUGAUGACUAUGGUGUCCUGAAACUUCUCGCAGAUCUGGGAACAUCAUUUGACUGUGCCAGCAAGAUGGAAAUCGACAAGGUGCUGAACCUUGGCAUCUCGCCCUCGCGCAUCAUCUACGCAAAUCCUUGCAAGCAGACUUCCUACGUGCGUCAUGCUGCCAAACGCAAUGUUGACCUUAUGACCUUUGACAACGAAGCUGAACUACUCAAGGUCAAAGCUGUCUUCCCUGAUGCAAGACUGGUUCUUCGUAUCCUGCCUCCGAGCAACUUCAAGGUGCAGUGUGAGCUGGGGAUGAAGUUUGGCUGUCAUCCAGCAAAGGCCAAACAGCUGCUGGAGACAGCCAAAGAACUGGAACUCAAUGUUGUGGGAGUCAGCUUCCACGUUGGUAGCGGUGCCGAGGAGGCAGCUGCCUUUGCUGUUGCAGUGGAGCAGGCACAUGGCGUCUUCCAGACUGGCUUGGACAUGGGAUUCCCCUUCACUCUGCUGGAUAUUGGUGGGGGAUUCCCAGGCCAAGUUACUGCCGCUAUAUCAUUCGAAGAGGUUGUUGACGUCCUCAGUCCUGCCCUGGACCACUACUUCCCAGCAUCCUCCGGUGUGCAAAUCAUCGCUGAGCCAGGUCGCUACUUCGUGGCCUCGGCCUUCACUCUCACUGCCAACAUCAUUGCCAAGAGGAUGGUUGCUAGAGACAAGUCUAAUCAUGAACAUCUCCCUGACCAAGUGGUGACCGGGGACGAUGAGCCAGCCUACAUGUACUAUAUCAAUGAUGGGGUGUAUGGCUCCUUCAACUGUUUGCUGUUUGAUCAUGCCACUGUCACACCAUCUGUUUUGCAGGAUGGCAGCGAUAUGACCUUUGUGUCAAGUGUGUGGGGACCAACCUGUGACGGCCUGGACUGCAUCAUGGAAGACUGUCGACUGCCCGAGAUGCAGAUUGGGGAGUGGAUCUACUUUGAGGACAUGGGGGCCUACACCAUGUGUGCUGCCUCCACCUUCAACGGGAUGCCCCGACCCAGGGUCUUCUAUCUCUGUCAAGAUGUAGUCUGGGCGCAGACCUACUCAAAGCAGACCAAGAAGAUGGAUCAGCCAAUCUCCAAGGUGAUCCCCUUCAUGAAGGCAGGCCAUGACCUCUUUGAAACUCACGAUCAGGUGGAGGAAGUUUUUGGGUCACCACGACCUGAACUGAUAUGCGACCUCGACCCUCUCAACUGAGAAGUUUUGCUUGGCAUUGUCAUCGGAUUGUUAGCUCCAAACCUAUAUAGUCAAGAUUAGGUGGUUUGUCAUUUUGAUUCUGUAACUUUUAUUUUGUUUCUCUUUCCCACAUUCGCUCUCAGUUGAACUUGCUGCUUUGUUCUCGUUUCAUCUCUCUCCCUCACGACCCCAAUGGUUAGGUACAAAUCAGGGGCCAAUUUUGAAAUGUUUCACAUGUGACCUGUUUGUAUGCUGAUUUUGGCCCAAAUGAAAUUUGAUUUUUGUUACCAUUUCCAUUGAAACAUCCAAAACCACAAUGUCGGGGCAUUGAUGAAACCAUUUUUACACUUGUUUUCUGUAAAUUUGUUCAGAUAUUUAUUGAUAUUACAGUUAUUAAUGUUUAGUAUUUACAGUUAUAAAUUAGUGAUUGAGGUUCACCUUGUAUUUAUAAAUGACGUCAAAAUGUUUUUGGUUAAAUGGGCGAUUUUGUUUCUUCUUUAUUCAUUUCAUUUAUUCAUAUCAUUUAUAAACAAAUUUACAGAAAACAUUGCAGAGAUCAGUAAGCAUGUGAUGACUAUGUCCAUAGUUAGUGAUUUUCGACUGUAGUCCUACUUAUAGUACACAGUGUGACUAGUUACCUGUCUAAUGUAUCCACUAGUCUCACAUCUGCGGUCUAGUCUGAAUCAAGGGUAUACAAACAAAGGGGACACCUGCUACUGUCACCAUGGCCAGAGUUUUUUUUUCUUUCAUAUCGGUUACUGUGAUGGUGAUUGAAUAAAAUAUUUAUAACCA